GAUCCAAUUAAUUUGGAGAAUGGCGCGUCGAGAAGUUGAUAGAGACUGUGAAAAGACACAAAAUUUGAUGGAUAAUAAUAGUAUAGAUUUAGACUCUUAUAGGAAUAUGGUUAAGUCGUACAUUGAUUUGCAUCUUUACGGUGCUGCGUUGUUCUGGGCUGACAAGGUAUUAUCAUUAGGCAAGGAAGAUCCGAAGGAUGUGUGCGUCCUAGCCCAGUGUAUGUACCUCAUGAAACAAUAUCAUAGAGCGGCUCAUCUCAUCAGAAGCCGAGGAUUAGAAAAGACAGAUGUAAGAUGUCAUUACCUGGCUGUUCGUUGUUUACUAGAGGCUAAAGAGUUUUCGGAAGCAUUGCAAGUAAUUAAUGAGUCUGAGAUAUGUAAUAGUAUGUCACAUUCAGGUAUAAGCUUUUCUGAUCGUGCGGAUAUACUUGAGAAUGCACCAAAAAAUGUGCAAAGUGCAAUAUUAUAUGUCAAAGGACGAGUUUAUGAAGCAAUGGAUAAUAGAGCAAUGGCAACAGACUGUUACAAACAAGCCUUAAUUUGUGAUGUAUAUUCAUAUCAGGCUUUUGAGGCCUUAGUUCAAAAUCAAAUGCUGUCAGCUGCGGAGGAAAAGGAGCUUCUGGAAUCUCUGCCAAUUGCUCAACAGUGCACGGAGGGAGAGAGUCAAUUACUCAAAUUGUUGUACAAGAGUAAACUUAAAAAAUACCAAGUCCCCUCCGAGAAGCAACCUGUAAUAACGUGUUGCGUCAUGGGAAUACUUGUGACGGAUCGUUUGCAAGAUAAUUUGGACAUGCAAGUUUCUAAGGCUGAAAGAAUGUAUUAUAAUUGUGAUUAUCAUCAGUGUUUUUCACUCACUGAAAGAAUUUUGAAAAAAGAUCCAUACCACAGCACCUGUCUGCCAGUACAUAUAGCAUGCUUGGUGGAAUUAAAAAAGACAAAUGCAUUAUUUUAUUUGGCACACAAACUGGUCGACUUGUAUCCGGAUAUGGCACUUGCAUGGUUUGCCGUUGGCUGCUAUUAUUAUACAAUUGGCAAAAGUGACCCUGCCCGCAGGUAUUUAGCGAAAGCUACUGCAUUAGACAAGUUAUUUGGUCCAGCUUGGCUUGCCUAUGGUCACUCUUUUGCAGUAGAAAAUGAACACGAUCAAGCCAUGGCAGCAUAUUUCAAGGCUUCGCAAUUAAUGAAGGGCUGCCACCUUCCACUUUUAUAUAUUGGCCUGGAAUGUGGUUUAACAAACAAUCUCAAGUUGGCAGAUAAAUUUUUUCAGCAAGCACAGGAAAUAGCUCCUAACGAUCCCUUUGUCAUUCAUGAAAUGGGUGUUAUAUCAUUUUACAAUUUGGAUUACAAGAGCGCCGAGCGCCAAUUUAAGGAAGCGAUGAAAAGGAUACAAGGCGGCACGAAGGAUGUCAUUUUACCCAGUAAAUGGGAAGCGUUGCUGAAUAAUUUAGGCCAUACCUACCGAAAGAUGAAAAGGUACGAGGAAGCGCUGGAGUUUCAUCAACAGGCCUUAGUAUUGAAUCCAUUAAGUCCAUCGACUUACUCCGCCAUGGGUUUCAUUCAUGCACUCAUGGGCAAUUCUCAAGAAGCUGUCGAUGCUUUUCACAAAGCACUUGGACUUCGACGAGACGAUACAUUUACAACAACAAUGUUGGGUUACGUCAUGGAGCAACUCAUCGAUGAGAUUCCACCGUAUCCUGAUGCGCCAAGAGAGGUUCCAAAAUACAAAUUUCCAGAUGCAGGACUUCAAACGGAGGAAGCUGAGACAGGAGAGAAUGCAACUGCGGGACCUGCGGUCCCACAGGACCAGAACAUCGAUAAACUUAGGGUGAAUCUUUUUUCUGGAUGGGGCGAAGAUUCUGGAAAAGGAGACGAAAAUACCAGCGAAAAAGCGGAACAGUCCCGUGAGAGCGUUGUCGUUAAUUAUUCAACUAACGACAUGAGUUCCGAGGUGGAAAUGUUAGAUUCUUCAACGGCGCACAUAGAAUACAGUUAAACAAACAAGUUUCAUCUUCCGAUACGAAAGAUGACUCGUCAAUGACAUUUAUCUCACGCGAGGGCCUGUACAUAUCCUCGUGAUUUUAAGUUUAAAUUAAACUUAAGUUUUGAUACAA